AUGAGGGACGAGGAGGAGGAGGCGUCUGAAUUCGGCGAGGAGGACAAGGCGGGGGCGACGAAGCACCAUCGUGCAUCUGCUUCCCGCUCCUGCAGCAACUCGGCAGGUAGUAAAGGGGAGCAAGCAGACGAAGGAGACGGGGAGGAGGAAGAGGGGGAGGAGAACAGGAAAGCUCAACGGCAGUCGCGACCACGCGACGUCGUUGGCUCCGUGGAGGAGUCGCGCGCCGCAAAAGACGAGGAGCUUCGCCGCGAGUGGCCGUACUUUACCUCACGGCCACAGCCGACGGACAACGUCGAGUACGCCGUGGCUGUGUGCGCUCCCAUGAGCUGCGUCAUCUCGUACAAGUACCGUGCAG